CACUAACAAAUUUGCUCAUAAACCAUUCCAUUCCCUUUCAUCUGUCCCAAAAAGGAAACCCUUUUUCCCCUUUUUCUCUCUCUAAAAAUCCAUGGUACCUGUUCAUCAAGCUUCAUAAUUUGCAGCUCACCACCAAAUCUAUCGAGCAAAUUUAUACGGUUUAUCGGUUCGUAAAUUCAUCGUUUUUCAUGCAAAUUACAGAAAAUUUGGAUCUGGGUCGAGUUGAAAUAUGACGAGACAAAAAAUUCAGAUUAAAAAAAUCGAUAAUAUAGCAGCUAGGCAAGUGACGUUUUCAAAGAGGAGAAGAGGGCUGUUCAAGAAAGCUCAUGAACUUGCUACUCUCUGUGAUGCUGAUAUUGCUCUCAUUGUUUUUUCUGCUUCUGGGAAGCUCUUUGAUUAUUCUAGCUCAAGCAUGCACGAGUUACUUGGAAGACAUAAUAAGCUACCAGAGGUGAAUAACUUUUGCCAACCUCAAUAUCAGCAGAUGGAAAAGAGUGUGUGUGCUAAUUUGAGAGAGGAAUUUGCAGCCAAAACCAAAGAACUUAGGCAUAUGAAGGGAGAAGAACUUCAAGAACUGGGAAUAGAAGAAUUAAAGAAGCUCGAGAAAUUGCUCGAGAUUGGUUUGAAUCGUGUCUUAGAGACAAAGGAUGAAAAGUUUCUAAAAGAGAUCGAUGCUGUGAAGGAGAAGGAAGCUUUGCUGAUGAAAGAGAAUCAGAGACUGAGGAAUCAAGUGAGAGCUUUGAAUAGAGAUCAGCAAGAACAGCAAGCAGUGGGUGUUGGUGGGAGCUCCUUGGGCUCAAAGUCAAUCACUAGCAAUAGCAGCUCCUCACCAAACCCUAGUUCUCAAGAUUGUGAUGAUAUUUCUCUCAAAUUGGGUCUUUGAAGGCUCAAAGUAUGCGAUUCUCUGCAGCAGCUAGGCAAUGCAAGCUCAGCCUUCUCUAAUGGAGCUUUUACUAAUCACUGGACUGCCAAAGCCACUCCUAUUUGCAUACAGAAAAUAAGGAUGUGAAAAGGCCAAUUCAUUCAAUAUCAUAUCAUGUUUUCAAAGCAGAAAUGAGUUACAUACAUGAAUAUUUGUUUCUGCAUACCAAUUGAUCAACAGUUGAUGAAACUUUGAAAGGGAGUUUUAUAAGGAAAAUGACACUUUUCAGAC